CAUUUGCAAUGAAGAGUGUUCACGAGCAUUAGAAAUGAAUGGGAAAAUGAUAAAUUCACGAAAAAUUAUCUUCUUUCUUCUUGUUUGUACGGUCUUCAUUGAACCAUACGCAUGCCAAGUUGGUAAAGUUCAAGCAUGUGGACACGCAUUGUACACAUGGUUAGUUCAAGCCUGUCUUCCAAAAAUUAGAGGAUGGAAUCUUACAGCUUAUCGUCCAUAUUAUGAAGGAUUCUUCGAUAGAGGAGAAGGACCAACUCUUGUAGAAAUGUGCUGCAACAACAGAUGUGACUAUCCAGUAUUGUAUGGUUAUCAAAAGUGUGAACUCCUCAUUCCACACGGUGUUAACGUUGGUUAAACGAGUAAAAAUAUGAAAAAAUUUCUUUGUAUUAA